UCCUCUUGCUCUGCUCUCCUCAUCAUGCUCCCCAACUGAGAAAACAGAGGACCCCAAAAAUCCCUAAUCAAAUUUCACAUGAACUCCUCCUGGAAUUCAGAUUUCUCCUCCGGAUCACCAGAUUCUCUCUCUUUCGAAAACACCUCUCUGCCUUUCAACGAAAAUGACUCCGAGGAAAUGCUGCUCUACGGCCUAAUCGCAGAAGCCAAUCAUGAAUCGUCGGAGUCGACGUAUUCAAACAUGAUGAUCAAGGAGGAGGAGGUGAGUUCCGUGGAAGAUCCGAAGCAGGAAAGGUCGUACAGAGGGGUGAGGAGGCGGCCAUGGGGGAAAUUUGCAGCAGAAAUUAGGGAUUCCACGAGACAUGGAAUAAGAGUGUGGUUAGGUACUUUUGAUAGUGCAGAGGCAGCAGCUCUUGCGUAUGAUCAAGCGGCGUUUUCUAUGAGAGGAUCAUCGGCGAUUCUGAAUUUUCCGGUGGAGAGAGUUGAGGAGUCGCUGAGGGAGAUGAAGUGUAACUACGAGGAAGGUUGCUCGCCUGUUGUGGCUCUGAAGAGAAAACACUCGAUGAGGAGGAAGAUGUGUAACAGGAAGAAGAGAGAGAGGGAUGUGAGGAUAGAGAAUGUAGUGGUUUUCGAAGAUUUGGGAGCAGACUAUUUGGAGCAGCUCUUGACUUCGUCGUCUUCUUCUGAAAUCACUAUGCCUUGGUGAUUUUAAUGUGCUUACUUCAGUAAUUUUCCACUGUUCUAUUUCUCUGAUUUUUCAUAUAUAUAUAUAUAUAUAUAUAGAUAUAAAUAUUUGAGAGGUUUGAAGUCUCUGCUUGUAAUAGUAGCAGGUAGGCUUGAAUUUUCUUUUGAGAUUCCAAAUGUGUAUCUCUUUGUUCUUUCUUUUUUUUUUCUUUUUUUCUUUUUUUUUUUUUUUUUUGUUUUUGAAUUUGUUUUGUACAGUUGGAGGAAGAGUAAAUUAAGAAUGAAAUUGUGGUUAAGGGUUCAUAAAUUCUUGCCAUUACAGUU